AUGCACGCCACAGUGGUCGUGUCACCCGCUCCAGGGGACAUCCACGCCCGGCCCCAACCCCACAGGCUCCGCCCGAACUUGAGCAGGUCGACCCGUCCCUCCGCCCUCCACUCCGACGCCAGCGCCACCGGGAAGACACCACCGCACGCCCCAACGCAGAGGAAGCCGACCGACCGCUGCUUGCCAGGAGCACCUUCCUGGCAGAGCCUCACAGCGCUGCAGCCUGUACAGCCGAGAUCUCGCGCCGCGACGCCUCCAGGUCGCGCCGACGCGCCACCCAGCUCCGCCGCCGGCAGCCUCCCCUCCAGAGCCCGCCUCUCCUCCACGAGCCACGGCUCACGACGCAGCCUCGCGCCGCCGGUCACCCGCCAGCAGCACCUCCCAGGGGACGGCCCGCCUCCGCGCGAAGGGAGCCCGUCAGGGACUCAGGGAGUGCCUCCAGCACCCACCGCCGGCGCCGCGGCCGGAGAGGGUAGAUCAUGCCGCCUCUAUGCCUAG